AUGCCGGCAGAGCAGCAUUCCGCAGGAGGAGGGGCAUAUAUCAAUGUAACGGCGCAGCAGUCGCGGUAUGCCGUGGACGCUGUGGAUGCGCCUGCUAGUAAGGAAAUCCUAAUCAAAGACCUCACCCUCACCGUCGCCAACCGCGACCUCCUCUCCCACGCCACCCUGCACCUCGUCGAAGCCAAGCACUACGUCCUCGUCGGGCGCAACGGGAGCGGGAAAUCGACGCUGCUGCGCGCCAUGGCCGAGGGGCUUGUCCCGGGUAUCCCGUCGAGCACGCGCAUUUUGCUUUUGGGGCAGACGCUGGAGGUACCUGCGGAGCAAGGAGUUGACGAUGUGCGGGGGGUGGGAAGGAGAUUGCAAGGGCUGGGAUUAGGUGUGAGCCAGAAGGAGGAGGAAGAGGAAGAAACGGUACUGCAGCAUGUAUUACGCAGCGAAGCCCUCAGGCAGACACACCUGCACGAAGCGAAAGUCCUCUCCGAGGCGCUUUCGCAUCCUACCGACGCCCUGGCGCCAGUGCGAGCGUACAGGCGAAUUCACCACGAGCGGCUCCUCGUGCAGCUCAAGGAGGCGCAGCGGAUCGCGGAACGGCGCAGUGGUGCUAGGGGAAAGGUAGCUAGGAAGGAGCUCAUCAAGCUCGAGGAACGGGUUGAACAGAGUGAAGCCCGCCUGCAGCAAGUCGACGUCGGCGUCGCCGUCGGCGUCGACGCCGACGACAUUGAUGCCGCGACCGUGAGCGCCGAAACGCAGGCUGCUGCCGAUAUGCUCGCCGGCGUGCAAACCUCGCUGCAAGUGAUGGACGCGGCGCAGGCGGAGGCAAAGGCAAGGUCUGUCCUGCUAGGUCUCGGGUUCAAAGACGACAGCAUCGACGGGCCCGUGUCGCGGCUUUCCGGAGGCUGGAAGUCGAGAUGCGAGAUUGCGUGCGCGUUGACGCAGUACGCCGACGUGCUGCUGCUCGACGAACCGACGAAUUUUCUGGACUUGCCGUCGAUCCUGUGGCUGCAGGGGUAUAUCCGGGGCUUGCGGAGCCGGACGACUGUGCUGGUUACGACGCAUGAUAGGGAUUUUGGGGACGCGGUCGGGGAGGAGUUGAUUGUGCUGCGGGAGAAGAAAAUAGAGACGUUCCGGGGGAAUCUGAGUCUCUGGGAGCGGGAGAGGUGGAAGCGGAUGAGGUAUUUGACCAAGAUGAAGGAGGCGCAGGAGAAGCAGAGGCGGCAUAUGGAGAAGACGGUGGCGGGGAAUCUCCGCGCGGCAAGGGAGAAGGGGGACGAUAAGAAACUCAAGCAGGCGGCGUCGCGGAAGAAGAAGUUGGAUGAACGGAUGGGCAUGGAGGUCGGGCUCCGGGGAGGGAGGUUCAAGCUCAAUCGCGAUUUGGCGGGUUAUCACACGAGCAAUCGGGCGGAGAUCGAGGUCCCCGAGUUUGAUCCCCCAGUCAGGUUGAAUUUUCCGAGAUACCCGGCCGAGCUGCGGUUCCAUGGUGCGUUGGUCUCGCUCGAGAAGGUGAGCUUCGCGUACCCGCCGGCGGGGAGGAAGAGUGUGCCCGUCCUGAUGGAUGUGGAUUUGACGAUUCAUCCUCGUGCACGCGUAGGACUGGCGGGGUUGAACGGGUCGGGCAAGAGUACGCUCGUGUCGCUCAUCAUGGGGCAGAGUGCUCCGACCAAAGGGACCGUGACGAGGCAUCCCCGCGCCACCUUUGGCUGUUUCUCGCAGCAGUCGGUCGAAGAAAUCACGGCUAUCGGGGCGCGGACACCCAGUUUGACGGCGCUGACCCAUCUGAUGGAGUGCGCAGGCAGUGCUAUGAGCGAGAAGGACGCGAGGGCUUUACUCGCCUCGCUGGGCCUUCACGGGCAGCUGGCCUCGGAUGUGCCUCUUGCGUUGCUGUCGGGCGGGCAGAAGGUCCGGGUUGCGCUGGCAAAGUUGUUGCGCCCGCCGCCGCCGCAGCUGCUGGUGCUGGACGAGGUGACGACGCAUCUGGAUGCGGAUACGAUUCUGGCGCUUGUGGAGGCGUUGCGGGCGUAUGAGGGGGCGGUGGUGGUGGUUACGCAUGAUCGGUUUUUUAUGCGCACUGUGGUCGAGGGCGAGAGCCCGUAUAAACUCGCGCCGGGGCUUCGAGCGCAGAUGGACGAGGAAGGUGAGGAUGAGGAUUCUGGGUCGGAAGAUGAAGAAGGGGUGCAGCCGGGGACGGUGUAUCGGAUAGUGAAGGGGCAGUUGAGGAAGUUGGAGGGUGGGAUGGCGCAGUAUGAGGAGAUUGCUGCGAGGGCGGCGAAGAAGUUGACGGUGAGGUGA